CCACCUUUAUUCAAGUUCUUUAUCUAUUGUCUUCUCGAGGCUGUAGAUUAUCUACACACCAACUGUGGUCUUAUCCACACAGACAUCAAGGAUGACAAUAUAAUGGUGACGAUUUUGUCAGAUUCCAAAUGAAGAAUCCCCAGCCCCACCAUGUCUCUAGGGAUGGUCGUAUAACCUACCUCUCGGAAGGCGACUUUGGUCCCCUACAAGGCUCCAAAUUGCUACCCAAGCUAGCUGAUUCCAAUCUCGCCUUGCCUGGGCUAGCCAAAGGCCAAGGCCAUUUCUCUGCUAUCCAGUCUCACCGCUUCCGCGCCCCAGAGGUGACACUUGGCUGCCCAUGGUCAUACAGCGUCGACAUCUGGAAUCUCGGCCUCCUUAUGUGGAACCUCCUAGAAGACAUCAGCCUAUUCGACCGGCCUGCUGGCGAGGAUGGCGAAUACGACGCACAUGUCCACCUUGCUCAAAUGGUGUCCCUCCUGGGAGAUCCGCCUGAGGAGCUGAUUAAGAGGGAGCAGUUCUCUCGCACAUAUCAGCUUAAGGAGCCUCUUGCAAAUCUGCGUGGCGACGAGAAAAAGAAUCCUCGACUUUGCUUUGGGCAUGCUUCAGUGGUUGCCUGAGAAGAGAAAGACAGCUAAGGAGCUAUUGUAACAUCCCAUCUUCGAUUCCUUGAAUAAGAAGCGUGCCCAGUGGCGAAUGGAUUCCUGAAAUGGCAUGGCAUUUUUGUAGAUGCGGGUGUGAUUGUGAGGAGCCCAUCAAGACCCCCUUCAUGAAGUUCCAGCAAGUUCCCCGCAC